UAAAUAAUAAAGAUUACGAUUACGAUAACGAUGCAGACCGAUACAUAUUAAAUUCACGUAAUAGAGAUCAAAAUACAGUCUUUAAUAUAACUUUGAACAUAUCAACUGAAAGUCCACAAAACACUCAAGAUUAUUUUGAGCUCACUAUUUAUCCGGAAUUGGUCAGCCAGACUGUACAUUAUUCCAAUUCUACACAUCCAAUACUACGUGGGCAAUGGCUUGUUUUGGAAUUUUCCAUAAUAUACAAACAUAUGUAUCUGGAUCGUUCAAGGGGCAUAUUUAGUUUUGACCCUGACGAGUUAUUUAUGUAUACCGAAUUUAAAGAAAAGCAAGUACUUCCUCUAGUAAAUGCUUCGUACUCCAUACUGGAAUUGAUACCUGCCAGGCCUCCUUUUCGCCAUGAAAAAGAAAGUUUUCAACAUACAUUCGGUACUUUACUCUCAGAAAUUGGAGGUAUACAUAACUUUUUUUCUGCAUUAAUUAUAUUCUUUUUCGGUGCUUCGAAAUUUAAUCCAUGGAAUUGUUGUGAAAGGAUGCCAUUGUUCAGACCAAUACGUCGGCAGUUUAAAAUAAAUUUAGCUAGACGUUAUAACACUAAAUAUGGAAUUCCAUUAAGUGAUAAUCUAAAUUUCGAUGAAAUUGAAAAGAAAUCGGAUUCAGAAAAAAUAAAAAUACUU